CCAAAUCCCGUAUACCCCACCCGACAUACAAAAUGGCUGACGCUCCUGCCCCCGCUCGCGGCGGAUUCGGUUCUCGUGGAGACCGCGGUGGUGACCGUGGACGUGGUCGCGGACGUGGCCGUGGCCGCCGUGGCGGAAAGUCUGAAGAGAAGGAAUGGCAGCCCGUCACCAAGCUCGGCCGUCUCGUAAAGGCUGGCAAGAUCAAGAGUAUGGAGGAGAUCUACCUCCACUCUCUCCCCAUCAAGGAGUACCAGGUCGUCGACUUUUUCCUUCCUAAGCUCAAGGACGAGGUCAUGAAGAUCAAGCCCGUCCAGAAGCAGACCCGUGCCGGUCAGCGUACCCGCUUCAAGGCUAUCGUCGUCAUCGGUGACUCUGAGGGUCACGUUGGUCUCGGUAUCAAGACCUCCAAGGAAGUCGCGACCGCCAUCCGCGCCGCUAUCAUCAUCGCCAAGCUCUCCGUCGUCCCCAUCCGAAGAGGUUACUGGGGUACCAACCUUGGUGAGCCUCACUCGCUCCCCACCAAGGAGAGCGGAAAGUGCGGUUCCGUCACUGUCCGUCUCAUUCCCGCUCCCCGUGGUACCGGCCUCGUCGCCUCGCCCGCCGUCAAGCGUCUCUUGCAAUUGGCUGGUGUCCAAGAUAUCUACACUGCCUCUUCCGGUUCAACCAAGACUCUUGAGAACACCCUGAAGGCUACCUUCGUUGCCGUCGCCCACACCUACGGCUUCCUUACUCCCAACCUGUGGAAAGAGAACGCUCUCCGCCCCUCACCACUUGAGGAGUACAGCGACAUUCUCCGUGAGGGAAAGAGGUACUAGAGGGUGUUUUUGGGUGACAUGGGUCUUUUCUAGCAUUCCUGGGUUAUGGCGCGGGACAUUACAUUCGGCGCCUCACGUAUGUAUCCAACGAUAGUGCUGGGUCAACUGGCAUGAAAAUGAACAACUUUCAAUGAUGACCUU